CCGGCCGACGCCGGCCGCGGAGCAGAGGCGUUAGGAGGGGAGGCGCCCGGCUCGGCCCGAGGGCCCGGGAGCAGCUGGGCAUGGAGCCCCCGGGAGCCACGCCCUCCUCACGGCCUCACCCCCCCGUCGUGGGCAAGGUGACCCAUCACAGCAUCGAGCUGCACUGGGACCUGGCGCGGACGGCGAAGCGGCAGGGGCCGCAGGGGCAGUGGGCCCAGUUCUCCAUCGAAGAGGAGGACCCCAGGACGCACGCCUACGGGGUCAUUUACAUGGGGUACGCCACCAGGCACGUCGUGGAGGGGCUGCAGCCACGGACCCUGUACCGCUUCCGCCUCAAGGUCACCAGCCCCUCGGGGGAGUCUGUGCGCAGCCCGGCGGUCUCCGUGUCCACGGCCAGAGAGCCCAUGAGCAGCGAGCACCUCCAUCGGGCGGUCAACGUGAAUGACGAGGACUUGCUGCUGGGAAUCCUCCGAGGAGGCACCGUGAAGGUGGACGUUCCCAACAAGCUGGGCCUCACCGCGCUGAUGGUGGCUGCGCAGAAAGGGUACACCAGGCUCGUGAAAAUCCUCAUCGCCAACGGCACGGACGUGAACCUGAGGAACGGCAGCGGCAGGGACAGCCUGAUGCUCGCGUGCUACGCGGGGCACCUGGACGUGGUGAAGUGCCUCCGAGGGCACGGCGCCUCCUGGAGGGCUCGCGACCUGGGCGGCUGCACGGCGCUGCACUGGGCGGCCGACGGCGGCCACUGCCACGUGGUCGAGUGGAUGCUGAAGGACGGCUGCGAGGUGGACGCCGUGGACGCUGGCUCGGGCUGGACCCCCCUCAUGAGAGUGUCGGCCGUCUCGGGGAGCCAGAGGGUCGCCUCCCUGCUGAUCGAAGCCGGCGCCGACGUGAACACGAAGGACAAAGACGGGAAGACCCCUCUGAUGGUGGCCGUGCUGAACAAUCACGAGGAGCUGGUCCAGUUGCUGCUGGACAAAGGGGCGGACGCAAGUGUGAAAAACGAGUUUGGCAAAGGCGUCCUGGACAUGGCCAGGGUGUUCGACAGGCAGAACAUGGUCUCCCUGCUGGAGGAGAGGAGGACCCGGCAGGAGCCCAAGAGGUCGCCGACCCUGCUGUCCGCCGGCCCGGGCGCCGCGUGUCUGCGGAAGGCGAGCGGCAGGACGCCGAGCGUGGCCGUGGAGCUGGAGAAGGAGAGCCUGCGCCUCUGAGCCGGACGCGGAGCAUUUAUUUAGUUGGAGAUUCGCAGUGACUUUUGUAACGUACAACGUCCCCACUUUGAAAUACACCUCUUA